CCAUGCAAACCCAAAUCCAUUAAUUUUACUUCAAAAUAUUAUCUCUUGUUGCAGAGUCGACUCGAGUAUGUAUAAACAACUGUUUUAAUUCUUCUUUGGGAUGCAUAAACAAUUUUGAAAAGUUGAAUUACAAGUUCAGGAAAGAAACUUGUGAUGAAAGGACCUUGAAGUUAGGUUUCUUCCAAUUUUUCUAAUCUUUCAUUUGUAUUACCACCUGGCUUUGAAUCCGUUAUUUUUACUACUUUCCAAUUAAAAUUGUGUCUAUUAUUUUAAAUUAAAAUUAGACAUUAACAGUGAGAAUACGACGAUUUUUAAAAACCAUUAGAAGAGUUUCACUUCUCCGACGCUAUGGCGUCUAGAGAGGUUUGUUAAAAACCACAUUUUAAGCUCGAUAAUUUGCCCCUUCCCUUUUGGCCUUCUUUUCCCUUUUACCCUAACCCUUCCUUUCCCCUAGCCGCCGAAACCCCAGCUCCCCUUGCCUUUCCUCUUUCCGCCGGAACCCCAGCCCCUUUCUCCCAACCGCCCAACCCCCUUCUCUCAAUCCUCCAAUUCCACUCUUUCCUUUCCUCCUUCCUCCUUCUUUAUGUUUCUGUUGAUCCUCAGUUCAUUGUACAAGGAAUUCUCCUCAAGGUACGCAUCUUAUCGCAAGUUCUUCAAAUCAACCGCCCCACUCAGGUUGCUGCCACCAACGACUCAGCGCCACCGACCCAGCAUCGCCGCUGCCGACCCACCUCUUUUCCUCUUCCAUAAUCUUCAAUCACUGCUGCUAUCGUUUGGGGCUGAAGUGGUAACGGAAGAAAAAUGGCUUGUAUGCAGUGUUGUUAUUAAGAAGCCAAGGAGAAAGGUAUCUCGAGGUUUAUAUUCAAGCAAAGGAGUAGAGAAGAAUCAAGAUAUGUUUUGUGAAUAUUAUGAAAUGUAGAUUUGUAUUUUGUAAGUUUUGCAAGGUUAAUGUGGAUAUUAUGUAAUUGUAAUUAACAUUGUAAAACUAAAUUGUAUGUUAUGUAAGAAAAUUAAUUAAAUGUAA